CCGUCCGCCAACUCCCCGCCCCGCUCCUUUCUGGCCCCGCCGCCUCUCUUGUCACUGCGCGGCUUGCUCGCAGCCCUUGUUCUGUCCACGGUCCUUGCUAGCCCCCUCAUGCGUACUAGGCGCCGCCUCACAUGAACUACACCCUUGACGACGCCUCGCCCUCGCUCACCUUCUCCCAUGGCUGGGGCAUCCAGAACGCAUCCGAGCCUGACCUCGACCGCUACUUCCAGCACACCUUCCACGUCGCAGAGAACGACGGCGCUACCAUGAACUUCUCCUUUCUUGGCAGCUACACCUUCGUCGCCAUCUAUGGCUCCAAAGGCCCAGGCCACGCAAGCUACAGCGUCCAGGUCGACGACGCCAUCCUCCCCAACCAGUCCGCCUAUGCCUCGACGCCCCAGUUCCAGCAGCUCCUCUUCCAGCGCGCGCUCGCCUCGACGAACAGCUCUCAGCACUUUGUGCAGAUCACCGCGCAGUUCGACGGCGCAUCACAGCCCUGGCUCGACGUCGAUUUCGUCACCAUCGGGGACGCAGGCUCGGCAGCAGACUCGACGGCCCCCGUCGCGACGGUCACACCCCCAUUUGGAACCGGCGCAUCUACAUCUGUGAGCAGUCCGUCAGCAACCCCCACCUCCGCCUCUUCUCGCCCCUCUGCAACAACAACACCCACCAUCCUCGCGAGCGUCUUCGGCGCCCUCAUCGGCGUCGCCCUCCUCCUCAUCCUCGCCUACUUUGGCUUCCACUACUUCUCCGAGCGCCGCCGCCCCUCCGACCGCUCCUUCCCCUACGGCUCCGCCUCCGCCUCCGCCUCCGCAUCCAAGCGCUCGGGCGUCGACGCGCCAGACGACCCCUCCAUGGCGCAGUACCCCUCCGCGCCGCAGCCGCGCCAGCACCUCGUGCGCGGCCUCAUCAACGGCUCGACGUACUCCGAGUCCACGCACGCCCAGUCGCUCUCCUACGCGCGCUCGCUCGCCAGCCCCGUCACGGGCGCGUCCGCGGGCGGCUACGCGCACAUCCCGCUGCACGACGCCGCGGGCCCCCCGCGGGAGGAGGGCGCGGGCGGGCCGGCGCAUGAGCAGCGCCGCGCCGGGACGCCCGUGCGCGCGCUCUUCAGCGGGUCGCCGAUCCGCUUCAACCGGGCGCACAAGGGCGACGCGGACUCGAUGCGCACGGACUUUUUGCAGGUAUAGCGGUGCGCCGUCGGGCGCCGUGAGAGCGCGGAUGGACAUUUGCGUUUGCGAGGGAGGAGGCGCGGGAUGUGUAUGUCGUGUUUAUUUGCUAUUGGGACUGGUGCGGUUGUGUGUGCAUAUAUACCGUAGGAUUCUUGUGGACUGCUCGACGUUCGUUGUAUACCACUGUCCUUCACGUUCCGCUCUUUAACUAGGUAGUGCUAUCUAUGUAGUCUAUGCCACAGUUCAUAUUCCCCUGCA